UCUCAACUCUCGUCAGUCGUCUCUCAGCUCUCAUCUCUCAUCUCUCAUCUCUUAGCUCGUCGUCCUUCGUCUCUUAAGUUCAGGCCAGCCGCUGCCCGCUGCCCAGUCCUCGCUGAGUGCUCGCAUCCCGCAAGCCGCUUCUCAUUGACCACUGCUCAGUGCUCGCUCGCGAGUCGCGCCUCGAAGAAUCUUUUCCAAAUAUGGCUGCAUCUUCUUCUUCUUCUCGGUUGGUUCGUGCAGUGGGUCGUUCAUUGUUCAGUGGUCUUUGCAACAAUGCUGAUGGUUUAAUGAGAUCAACACACGAGAUGAUGUGCAAUCAUUUGUUAUUCCAGCAACAAAGAACUUUCAUACAAAUGAGGACGAGUCUGAAAGUGGUAGACAAUUCAGGUGCAAAGAGAGUUGCAUGCAUCCAAGCACUAAAGGGAAAGAAAGGAGCAAGAUUAGGAGACACAAUAGUUUGCUCAGUGAAGGAAGCUCAGCCAGGUGGUAAGGUGAAGAAAGGAGAAGUGCAUUAUGGUGUUGUUGUCCGUGCUGCUAUGCCAAAGGGCCGCUGUGAUGGGAGUGAAGUAAAGUUUGAUGACAAUGCCGUGGUACUCAUCAACAAGCAUGGUGAACCCAUUGGAACCAGAGUUUUUGGUCCAGUGCCCCAUGAGUUGAGGAAAAAGAAGCAUGUUAAAAUUCUUAGUCUUGCAGAGCAUAUCGCCUAAUGUUUCAGCCUCUUGAUUGUUAGGUACCUCUACUCAAUGAUUAUUCAGUCGCGCGAGCCGAUUGUUAGACAGUUUUGAAUUUAUUGUAUUUGGAGGAAACUUGUUGUUGUCCACAAGCUGCAGAAGAUGUUUUUUUAAUCAUCAUAAACGUUUUGACUUGUACAUAUAAUUGUUGGCCCACAAGGCACAGUGCUGUUUCUGCAACCAGUGCUCAAGGCACAAUGUCCACAAACUGACUUGAAAUAAAUAUAUCACUAACACAAUUAUUGGA